ACUACAGUACCCGCCCGACCGGGAGGAGAGGAGGGAUAACGAACAGCGCCGCCCUCUGCAGCUUCACGUCAGGCAGCGGCUCACUCAGGAAAUUUAAACACAGAGCCGUCCAUAACACAGGCAGCAGGCACACGCAUCUUUCUGCUCCAAGGUCACCGAGCCAGGCAGCCUCCACGGGUCACAUACACCUGCAUUCCCCAAAGUGAAUAGUCAGUGUUGAGGUGGGCCAGUGAUGCCGCCCCCAGCCACAAGUCCCUCCGCCGUGCCCCCACCAGACGGCGGUUGGGGGUGGGCUGUGGUGUUGGCAUCUUUCAUCUCCAUAGGCUUCUCGUAUGCUUUUCCCAAAGCCAUCACGGUCUUCUUCAAAGACAUCCAGAUCAUCUUCGAUGCCUCCUACAGUCAGAUCGCGUGGAUCUCCUCCAUCAUGCUGGCGGUCAUGUAUGCUGCAGGUCCCAUCAGCAGUAUACUGGUCAACACCUAUGGCUGCAGGCCCAUCGUCAUGAUGGGGGGCUGCCUCUGUUCCACUGGCAUGAUCAUGGCUUCCUUCUGUAACAGCGUAGUGCAGCUUUACAUCUGCAUAGGAGUUAUUGGUGGACUUGGACUAGCCUUCAACCUGCAGCCAGCACUGACUAUGAUAGGCAAAUACUUCUGUAAUAAGCGUCCCAUUGCUAACGGGCUGGCGAUGGCAGGCAGUCCAGUGUUCCUUAGCACCCUGGCUCCUCUCAACCAGUACCUCUUCAACCAAUUCGGCUGGAGAGGCAGCUUCCUCAUCCUGGGCGGCCUGCUACUGAACUGCUGUGUGGCUGGUUCCCUCAUGAGGCCUCUGGGACCGCCACCCAGCAAGCUCAAGAAGGACGAAGAGUUAGCCGCCAUUGCCACCACAACAAAAGAGAAGCGCACUUGCUGGCAAACAUUCAACAAGUACCUGGACCUAUCACUAUUUAAGCACCGUGGCUUCCUCAUUUACCUGUCGGGCAAUGUCCUCAUGUUCGUGGGCUUCUUCGCACCUAUUGUCUUCCUUACGGCCUACGCUAAGGACAUGGGCGUGGAUGAGUACUCUGCUGCCUUCCUGCUCUCAAUUCUGGCUUUUGUUGACAUGUUUGCCAGGCCCUCCAUGGGGCUACUGGCCAACUCGCGCUGGAUCCGGCCCAAGAUCCAGUACUUCUUCAGCUUUGCUGUGCUGUACAAUGGGGUGUGCCACAUCCUCUGUCCACUGGUGGAAAGCUACACCGGUCUGGUGGUGUAUGCAGUUUUCUUCGGCUUUGCCUUUGGCAUGGUCAGCUCAGUGCUGUUUGAAACACUGAUGGACCUGGUUGGGCCUCAGAGGUUCUCCAGUGCUGUGGGACUCACCACUAUUGUGGAGUGCAUCCCAGUCCUCGUUGGUCCACCUCUAGCAGGGAAAUUGGUUGAUGUCACAAAAAACUACAAGUCCAUGUAUUUUUGCUGUGGAGGUGUCGUGAUUUUGGCCAGUAUUUGGCUCUUCAUUGGAAACUUCAUUAACUACAGACUAUUGGAGCGCGAGCGCAAGCGUGCAGAGCUGUACAAACGGACUGAAACGGAAGAUCCAGACCAAGCUCUGGAUCAGAAGGAGGCUGAUGGGGAAACCCAGGCGUCGGAGGACCUGGUCGACAAAAGCGAGAAAGGUGACGAACCUAUGCAGCGGGAAACCAACAUCUAGAUCCUUCUGCUCUGCUAACAGCUCACCCUGACUUCCGCGACUACCUAGCUACACCUUCCACUACGAUCAAACUGAGCUCCAAGCCAAGAGGUGCCUCUCGGUGUUCCACCAGGCUCUAUUCGGGGUCCUCUGCACUCAAACUAACUGCCAAAGCAACUACUGUGUUGUAGGAGGCUGUGAGGAGUAAUAUCUGUUUGCCAAAGAGCGUAACAGAAAUAUUAACCACAGAGAAAAGUGUAAGAUAAUCGUAUGCAUGUGAGGGGGGCUAAAAUUCAGAAAAUUAAAUGGAAAACCAUGUAGUACUAACCGUGUUUUCUUUUUUUUCCACGUUCACCUCAUAUCGGAUUUACUGUAAAUACAAGACUACAAAAGUACAUUCACUGCACCUAGUUACACUCACUUACUAUGUAAGAUUAUAGUUUCUGUAGGAACUCCAAAAUUGUGUCAACUGAGAGCUAACAUUAGCUGCAAAUCCACACAUGCUGGCAGAUAAUUAAAAAUGUAGUUAAAUUCAGAGUCAGACAAUCAACUCUGCUUAAGAAGUUUGUUACUGCUGCUACAGUUUGUUAAUAGUUGAUUUAAGUUAUUUCCAUUCGUCCCAAAAUAUAGUAUCAAAUAUUCCAACCUGAAGCAGCAAGCAUCAUUCCAUUCUUCCUACUGUCUUCCGAUAUGACGUGAAUGCAGGAUUAGCGUGUCACCACUGUUCAACAGCACCAGCAAACUGAAUUCAUGUUCAAAAUGAAAUCUGUCUUCUUCACAACACACUGAAGUCUUGGUAAACGAGGAAAUGCUAAAUUAACAAGGAAGCAGUAAACAGAUUUCUCGGUGGUUAGACAGAGUAUCUGUGAGUGACAGGUGUCUGUUCUUGGUGAAGUUUUGAACAAUGAUCCCUAACUGUGCGUUAACACCGCAAGCAACAUGGUUAAUUCUUAUUUUUUACAAAUUGUUGACAGUUAGAGGCUCUGAAUGUAGAUACAAUCAAAUAAUUAGUUUGCAUACAAAACUAACUAGGUGAAACAAUUUUGGAUAUUAUCAUUGGCUAUAAUGAUAAAUGCACCCAUUCUCCAAGCAUCAACCUUUUUAAGAUGCCUCUUCUAGUAGUUUUUUACAUCAAAGUUGUGGAGAACUGCUUUGAAAGGCUGGAAUCAAAUGUUCCUAUUUUAGGCUGAUGUCCCUAAAAUCACACCAAAAUACGAGCUGAAAUCUGCCUUGGUGGUGGCAGGCGUUGAGCCUAAAAAGUUUGGCUGAUUUUCCUUGGUUGGUCAGCUCUGUAGGAAGGAAAAACUCCUGAUGACUUGUUGAUUGUGUUGCUCGCAGUGUGAAUGCAGCGUUAGCAAUCCCAGUGCACCAGAAAUGGUUGAUCCAGCUGGUGAUAUGCGUCAAGCAAGAAGUCAAAAUUCUAAUUGCACUGUUUUAAAAUGGCAAUCGGGUGCCAUAAAAUUCUCACUUCCAUUAAUAAAGAACAGAUGUGUUCACAGCUGGUGACGCUGGUGCCCAUGUAUUAUGCUGCCCACCUGAGCACUGUAACAUUGUGUAGUAAAACCUGCACAAAUGUCCCACUUUUAAUACUUUCGAUCUAGUCGUAAAAUGCUUCCUGUAAGUAGUCUAGUGUUCCAUAUUGCACUCAUACACAGUGUCCUACACUGAAAGAGAAAUGGCAAUCCAAACAUUUAUUAAACGGCUGCAAUUAAAUGAGUUUAAUUAUGGUUGAAUGUAAUUUCCUCUGUGGGCCUUAACAAGGUAUUAAUGACCAAAAACCAUCGGCAUAAUAGUGGUUUUUCCACACAUAGAGCCCAUGUGCAAUAUCAUUUCUCAUAUUUUAACUUUUAAUGCAGAUACAUGUAUACAGGGAAAUGUAUUUCUUGUGGUCAGCUCAACAGUCCAUUCUAUGAUACAUUGCCUUAAAUGUAAUGUAAAGAAUGCAGAGGAGUUGUACGGGGAAUACUUGGUAGUAUUAUACUGAGCUGAUAAACUUUUGUGUUAAAUGUGACCCACUUUUUGUGGCUGUGUUUAACUUUUAAACUCACAAGAAAUCAGUGUAGUCUGGUCCAUUUGUCUCCUAACAUGUCUGUAUAAAUGUCAUGACUUUAUGUAAUGUUAUUCUGUGACUAAUUCACUAACAUCCACACCAGUAUGUUAAAACAUUAGAAGGAACUCUACUGAUGCUACUAAUUACUGAAUGCUACUGAAGUAUAGUAUUUUCACUUGUAUUGUGUGCAAACAAAAUGUACUGGAUGAACAUAUCACGUUACAAUUUAAGUGUUGCUGUGAAUGUCAAAGUUGUUAAGUAUUCUAUCCAUUCCAUGUGUUUUUGUAAAUGUCAUCCCGCUGUUGCUGGUGAUCAGUUUUCAUCCAAAUCUGCAGCUUUGGUCUCAAACGCUGAGCAAAUAGUGUCCUAUCUCAGAUGUCCUACCAAAGCCAUUUUAAUAACAAAUUUUUCAAAGCAAUCAUGAACAAAAAGAAAACAAUUGCCCCUUGUGUAUUAAGAAUCAUGAAAAUGGAUGUCCAGCUGUGUAGCAGUGGCUCUCAACAAUGUACCGUCUCCACCUGCGAGUCAUUACAACCAAACGCUACGUUACGUUGAAAUCCUCUCCGCUUCGUGGUGAAAUGGGAGGAAUCAGCUGCUGUUGUGUUUGGCUGGAUGAAUUCUGAGGGUAUCGGGGGAACAUUGUUGAGCGAAUAUCUGCUAUUCCAUUUAUUGUAAAUAAGAUGAUUUUUCAAGGAUUUGCACACUUUUGUCCUGGACUUGGGUCUCACUUCUAUUUCCGUUUUGAGAUGAGCUAGUCUUGGUUUUCACUGCAGCUCCAGCAACAUGUGGACCAACCCAAGUUUGUCAUUGUGUGUUGAGUUCAACUCUCCUAAGAGUUUGUCUGUUAGUUUAGCUACUCUGAUUCAUGCAUUCAUUCAUUAAUGCACUUAGUUCACUAGCAUUUCAUGUAAAUAUUAGUGUUGUCAUAUUGCCAUGUCUGUACUUUCAUUCACUGAACUCAGACGUCACUAUGGGUACUGAUGCUCAUUGUACAUGACGAUUCUCAAUGAGGGACAUUAGACUGUUGUACUAUCACUUUCUACCAAAUAGCACUGCCCCCUGCUGGUUUUAAAACCACUUCCCAUUCAACAGGACAACUCUUACUUUCAUGAAUUUAUUUUUGUAUUGUCCAUAAUGGGAUUCAGUUUCGUAGGUAAUGGGAGUGCAUCAGUACUUUUGUGUGUGGGAGGGGGGGGGAGGGUAUUGUCAGUAUGAAUAUACUUUCUUGGUAUUAACAUGUUAACAUAUACAAGUAGAACAAAACACAAACUUGUAAUGGUUUGAUGGAACUAAGGGGAAUGCCAUUGAAUUUCAACAUUGUGUUUGCUUAUUUCCAUCCAUGUAGAAUUUAUGAAUUAUACUUAGUUUUUUUCACUAUAAUCAUUAAGAACAGACUCAAAAGAGGGUGUUAUUCUUCUUGUAGAUGGAGCAGAAAUAAUAGCAGUAGUCCAGGAAUCAUGCAGCAAAAACUACAUCUGUAUGGGAAAAAAAAUCUGGUCUGCGACACAAAAUUGUGUUUUCUGACGCUUCUAUGAUUGCUGUUUUCUUGUGAAGUACUGGAUAGUUGUAUCCUUUGGUACUAUAUUAAGUCUGUGAGAAGGGCUCACAAGCAAUGUCUCAUUUUAAGAUGACCUCAGCAAAAAAUGUUGGGAACUGCUGGUUUCAAGGUCCCUAACAAUGCUGGUCACGAUAUAUAGUGACUAUAUAGUAAAUACACAUGCCUGAUAUUUUAUGGUAUUCUCCUUGACGUUCUUGACAUUAUUUAUUCAAAUUUAAGCAAUACGUUUCUGUGUUUUGGUUCGUAUUGUUUAGUCUUCGAACAAAAGGAAAUAAGUUAUAAUGAUUUCAACCAAAUGGAGAUAAUUGAUUUGAAUUUGACAUGCACCGAUAGCCUUAUCAAUUCUCUUUUUUGUAUGGUAUAUUUAGAAACCGGUUCAUUUGGAGGUUUGCUUAAAACCUAAUUUAGCAAAUAGGGUAAAUUUAAAUGAAUAUGAAAUACUUUUUUAGCCCUCUAGGAUUAUUUCUGUACGCGCAAAUAAGUGUUUAAUAAAGGAAAUGUUUAAGUGUUCA